UAAAGUUGGGUAUUGGGUUAGUUGAGAACUUAAUAAACAUUCCGUAAACCGAGUCAACUGCGAUUUUGUAAAACCCGAAAGCAUUUAUUAGACGAAAAUGUCUCACAUUACGUCUGGUAUUUCAGCAAAUGAUAGCAUUCCGUGCGACAGCACUCAAAACAGCUUUAUUUCAUCGAGCCUGAGCCAAAGCAGCGUGAUUCUGGAGCAGCUGCGUGUUGUGGAGGAUGUACGAGAUACCAGACCAGAUUAUUCAAAGAGUUCAGUGCUGAUUUGUGCUAAAUGCAACCUGGUGCUGGCUGAUUCACUAGGAGUUUGUGGAGAGGUUAAAUAUCUCAAAUCGAUCAUCUGUCUCAAAAUCACCAAGGAUUUGACAGUCAGAGGAAGACUUCAGGUGUGUAAGGAUAGUCCUCUGGCAUUUUGCACUUACAAGGUCCUGGAGUGCAGCGGCUGUCGUCGUUUUGUCGGUGUGGUCCUUCACGCCACUCCACAGCAAUGGUCCUCUUUAAGAAACCUGUUCCUCUUACGGAAAGACACUCUCAACUGCUACAAGCUAAAAAGCGGUACAGUAGUAAAAGCCACCAAAAUGAGCUUUGAAAACAGACUUCUGGGACAAAGCCUCAUUGAGAUUAAACAGCAUCUGGAAAGUUAUCUGAAGCAGAUGAAGAUUAUGAAGAACGUUUUAGAUGAGAGCAGAAUUGGACAGAGUGGCAUUCCAUUCUCUUCCGUUACCACUGAAUAAUGUCUGAUUCCAGUGGGUCUUUUGGUUUCUAGACUUGGUUUUGUGAAUUUUGCUGUGUACAUAGUUGUAUAGAGCAGUCGUUGCUCAGCAGUUAAAUGCAGGACUUAUCAGAAGGUUGCUGGUUCAAGGCCUACAUCUGCCAGGUUGCCACUGUUGAGCCCUUAACUCUUAAUUGCUUGGAUUGUAUACAUUCAGAGUGUUAAGUUGCUUCGUACAAAAGCAUCUGUUAAAUGCCAUAAAUGUAUAAUGUAUGGUUUACUUGUUGUGGUUGGGUUGGUUUCUUCAGGAGUGUUGUUUGUGUGUAAAAUUAAAGUAUUUAAAUUGUUUCGAUUUA